GAGAGAGAGAGAGAAAAAAGAAAACUGUCUCGGAGGCGAGCGGCCCGAGACGGCGAGUGAAAGUUUAGGGGAAAAGAGUGCGAUUUAGAGCCCGUCCCGCGCGCACGGAGACGCGGUGCCCUCGUCGCCGCCGGGUUAUCCUGGGGACUCGACAAUAGACCUCUCUCGCGGGCGGCUCUGUAGAGCCACCCUUCCCCGUGGUAGACACCUAAUGGCUGACAAUUGCAGCAGGAUGGAAUGGGUGGAGAUCAUAGAGCCGCGCACCAAGGAGCACAUGUACGCGAACCUGACCACGGGCGAGUGCGUGUGGGACCCGCCGCCUGGUGUACCUGUGAAGAAGACGGACAACAAUCAGUGGUGGGAGCUGUUCGAUCAGAACACCUCGCGGUUCUACUACUACAACGCGACGUCUCAGAAAACCGUGUGGCACCGCCCGACGGACUGCGACAUCAUACCGCUGGCGAAGCUUCAGACGCUAAAACAGAACACGGAGCCUCCGAGCGGUAGCACGCCCGACACUCAAAAGGUAACAACCGAGCCGAGAAAGAAAGAAUCCGUCUCGACGCAGACGCAGACCCCUUCGGUUAGUCGCUCGACGCGAUUCAACCACCAGGAGAAUGCGAAUCUGACUCCGACGCUGCAAGCUCUCUCUCUUGGUAUCGCGAACAAAACGCGGACCUCCGCGGUUGGCGUCGACCUACAGACCUCACCUCCUUCUCCGUCUCCGUCCGCGAGGCGGCACCAUCACCACCAUCAUCAUCACAAUAACAGGCAUCACAGGCACCAUGACGUACCUGCGGCACGUACCAGACAGCACAAUCAUUCGCAGGACUCCGGCAGAUCCAGCGACAGCUCCGUCUCGCACAGCAGGACUUCCCUGGAGUCGACCAGUUAUCGUCUGUUGGACUCGCCGCACAGGCACCAUCAUCGCACGGCCGCGCAAACGCCGGCGAACGCCGCGCAAUCCUCCCCCAGGCAGCACAGCGGCGGCACCCUGGAGACCAGGUGUCACGGAAAGAGCGGGACACUCGAAAGCGUGAAGAAUCAGAAGUCCGUGUCGCUGGUGGGAGAACCGCCGCCGCUGGGCCUGUCCCUCUCGACCAGCACACCUCUGUUCAAGAAGAAGACUUUCGCCGACCCGCAACGCGAAGGUAGGGCUGGAAACUUGGACCUAGACAAAAGUAAAAAUGGUAGAGAAAGUAGUAGAGGCUCGUACGGUCCCGAGCCGAGUACAUCGCCAUAUCGCGAUUCUCUGAUGGAAUCCCGAGUCUUCAGGCAGGAAAUGCCGCCGUAUCGCCCGCCUGAGGUUCAACUUAGCCAUAGUUACAAAUCGCAGGGCGAGAAGUAUGGUUCCUUAAUGGAGAGUGGCAAUCGUUACCAUAGGGAUAGAGAACGGGAGAUGCAGCAGCAGCAUCACCGGGAGCGAGUCAAUAGUCUCGAUAAAACGAACCCGCCAGCCUUCUAUCCGAGUUCCAUGCACUCGAGAAACGUGAACAAGCAGCCGCAGGAUGGUACGGGUAGCAUAGGUAGAAGGCAUCACGGGUGCUCCGCGUCGCUUUCGGAAGCGAAUGUCAGGGACGUGUACGGCGCGAUGCUGUCCGAGAGAAACGAUCCUGCCAAGAGUCUUGGCAGGUCCGCCGGCGUACAUAGUGGUAAUUCGUCGAAGCAACGAGGUGGUCUCGAAGCGGUGGAGCGGGAGAGAGAGCGGGAGCGCGAUAGGGAAAAGGAGUACAGGCGAAACGCAGCGUGCAAUAACUCACUGGACUGUGUGCCGCAGGCGUUGGGUCGCAGUUACAGUUUCGUGCAACAGCAGAAGCAACAGCAAAAAAUACAGCAGCAGUUGCAGCAGCAGCAGCAGCAACAGCAGCAGCAGCAGCAGCAGCAGGCUAGAAGGAGAGAGCGGGACGACGAUGCUAUGCACGAACGUUACUUGAUGAUCAGUCAAACCCACGAACAAUCUAGACAGAGACUUAGUAGUAAUACUAGCAGUAGUAACAGCAGCAACAGCAGCAGCAAUAGCGCCGCGGGCGAGGAGACCGAGGGUCACGCCGAAGGAGACGACAGCAAGAAGAAAAGAAGUAAUGGAAAUCCCAGUCCCCCGCCGUCGCCGUUUUACGGUAAUCUGCUGGCUGAUGCUGAUCACUUAUUACCGUUGCAACAUUACAUUAUUCAACAGGCGAAAUUAUCAGGUUGUUACAAGUUUGGAGAUCCUUUACUCGUAGAAGAGGGAGAAGAUUCUCUGGACGAGGAAGGUGGCAGGGGCGAGGGUAUCGGCGGAAGAGGCGAUGACGAUUCCGACGAUCAAUUCGCCGACGACGAAGCGGCCAGCAAUCAAGGCGAUUCUUCCAGUCAAGAGUACCUCGAGGAUCACUACGCGGAUUUAGGUAAUUACGACACCGCAGGCUUAGCGACUUACUACACCACAGCCGACACCCUGACGAGGCCGCAGGCGCGACCGCCGUCGCCGCCGAACAUCGUGUCUCAGACGGAAGCGAGGGACAGCGUGGUGACUACGAGGCAGGUCUCCGUGCCCACCGUGAGUUCGACAACUCCGAGUAUCGGUAUAACGAAUGUCGAUAACACCGACCUGGACGAGGCGCGGAGGGACGACAGCACGGGCGGCGGCGACAUCGAGAAAUACGCGCAGGACAAUCUCAAUUUGAAUUGCGGCAGACCGAAAGGACUGAGGCUGUUGUUUCGAAAGAAGUUCAGCGUGCGAGACAUCCUCAGCUGGUCGAAAGACCCGAUACCGCAACCGAUGCUCGCGAUGGUGGACGGCGAGAAGCUACUCAAGAGGGAGGCUUGCAAUCUAUUCCGAUUGGUUCAAGUGUACAUGGGGGAUCGCAAGGCCAACGUCGGUAUGACGUUGGACAGCGUCGCCAUGGAUAUCGUCAACACCGCGUUUACGAAGCCGCCCCUGCGGGACGAGCUGUACGUUCAGGUCUGCCGGCAGACGACGGAGAAUCCGCGGAAGGAGAGUCUGCGGCGCGGGUGGGAGCUGAUGGCUGUGUGUCUGGCUUUCGUGCCGCCUAGCGCCACGUUCGAGCCCUACCUGGAGGGCUACAUGAACAGGCAUCGCGAUCCCAACUUCCAGUUUCCCGAGGUCGCCAAGUGGCCGAUACACGUGCAAGUCAGUCAUUACGCGACCGUGGCCUGCAGACGAUUGCAGCGGAUCGGCGCGCACGGCAAGCGACAGCCUCGCAAGGCCACGGUGGAGGAUAUCGACCAAGCGAGGAUACAAAUCUUCCGCGCGUCCAUGUUCGGCGCGACGCUCUCGGAAGUUAUGGCUUUGCAGAAGGACCGCUUCUCGCAUAGAGAGUUACCAUGGAUACAGACUACGCUGACGCGCCAGGUGCUCGUGCGCGGUGGCACGCUGACCGAGGGCAUUUUCCGGGUGUCCGCGGACGCCGACGAGGUCAGCGCGUUGAAGUCCUGCUUGGACAGGUUCGAGGACGGGGCGAUUCUGGCAGCUUCUCAGGACGCACACGCGCCCGCCUCCCUGCUGAAACUAUGGGUACGCGAGUUGUACGAGCCGUUGAUACCGGAUUCCUUCUACGUGGAGUGCGUGUCCAUGCGGCACGACGAUCCGGAAGCCUCGGCGGCGAACGUGGCCGCGCUCGUUGAACGUCUGCCGGACCUCAACCGUCGUGUGCUGUGUCAUCUAAUACGCUUCCUACAGAUAUUCGCUAGACCCGAGGUGGUCGCCCGCACUAAAAUGGACGCCAAUAAUCUUGCGAUGGUGAUGGCGCCGAAUGUAUUGCGGUGUACGUCCCAAGACCCUCGGGUAAUCUUAGAGAACGCACGGAAGGAGAUGGCCUUCGUCCGUACUCUCAUCGAGUCAUUAGACACCGCUUGGGUCGAUGAUCUUCACUGACCGUAUCCUAUCGCGCUAGAAAAAAAGUCCGCUCUAGACUAUUAUGCCAAAUGAAUCAGCUGUAUAGUCACGUCUAUUGUUAGUUAUCUCUCUCUUUCUCUCUCUCUUUCACUGUUCUCAAUUUAUCUUCACGCUCUUCUUGUUUGUCCAGUCACCAGUUUUCCCCCCAUACUCCCCCAUAGUCCCCCAUAGUCCCCCAUAUAAAUGUUCUUCGUAACGGUAAUUUAGUGCUAAAGUCUUACCAAGCUAAUCGAUCAACCCGCUCCCUUAUUUCCUAUUUAUUAUUUAUAUACAGAUUCUAUGUUAUAUGACAGAUUUUAGAGAUUAUAUUAGAUUAUAUUAUGUAUAUCGCUAUAUUAUAUCAUAUUAUAUAUUUUACCAAUCCCUUGUUACCGCGUCGAACAAACGUGGACGGCUUUUUUACUCAAUCAUUGUUGAAUCUCGUGUAAGAUAAAAAAAAGAAGAAUCAUGUGUUACCGUGUAUAGCUGCGCUCCGCGAUAAUCUUUUUGUAUAAGCGACGGAUUAACGUGUAAAGCGUUAUUAUCGAGGAGUAAACACUGCGAAAGAUUAGCAAGCUGUAGUCGCAGGUGUGUUUCUUCGAUUUUUCCCCCGAGAUCUCCAGAAACAAAAGUAACACACUUUACAUGAACUUCCACGAACACACAAAUCUCACAUAUAUUUUAUAAAAAAAUAUUCCUCAUUUUAUUUUUGUGCAAUAGUAUUCAUACUUAUAACUAAUAAACUUUAUUUUACAAUGCAACAAUCUA